AUGGAGGAUAAGGAGAAACUUAUUGUAUACUCAAAUACCAGUUCGGUAUUUACAUAUAGUGCAGAAAUAAGGCCAAAUUUUAAAAUAUCUGUAUCUCAAAGUCAAGGUUUUGCCUGGAACCAGGACUUAUUCGCCACACAAUACCAACAAUCAUAUAAGGUGGUAUAUGAUGCACACGAGGACAACUUUGAUGAGUUAAUUUUGAAGAUCAAGGGCAAAUUAAAGACAAAAUCUAAUAAAAGAGCUAAAAUGAAGUCUAAGACUAAAUUAACAAGGACUGCAAAGCAGAGAAGGGAAAGCCCCGUUUGUGAAAGGGACGAGAGUGACGAGGAUAAUGAUAGUGAUCACUACCAAAGAAUACAAGUGCUAGAUGGCCAUGAAUUUCCGAGAGCAAAUCGGUAUAAAUCUGUAUGGGCUCAUGACGUCCACUCGAAUGAAGAUAGUACAAGCGACGGGGAAAGCAAUCAUGAUAUAGAUAUGAUUGGCGGCACUGGCACGUCGUAUGCAGGAGCAGCCAUAAUGGAUAGGCCACGCAGGAAAUCUGAGAGAAGCAUAAGCUUUGUGGAGGACUCCAAGACAGGCGAUUACAGGUAUCAAACCGGGCAGGUGGAUGUUGUAGAGGUGGACUCGGACACCCCUGAAAAUAAUCACCUAAAAUGGUUAAUUAAAUAA